GACAGUAUGUGCGAACGAACAUGUAAAGAAGCCUAUCUUCCCCGUGGUGUGUCGGAACUAGACGCAGUGAAAGCGACGCUCCGGUAUUCGGGCACCUCGAUGGUAGCGGCGGCCGCAGCGGUGGCGCGAGCGAAAAAGGCACAGAAGCACGUUGCACCACAUCGGGGCUACAGCACACGCCGUUAGGCAACGCAGCGCGCGGCCACAACGCCUUUUUACACGCGCAGCUAACCGGGCAGUGAUUCUGACGAGAAGAGACGACAAGAACAUCUUGGAAUCACAACCGCUGCAGGCAAAGACAUAAACUAAACACUUAAAGGCAUAUAUGCACGAGUGAUAAGUACUUUGCGCGUAGUGGUGAUAUCAGCGUAUCUCGAUAUCGUUGUGCUCCUAUCACAGAGGAAACUGUUGGAAAAAUAGUGCGAAAGCUUGCGGACUUCCUAGCAAUAAGCUCCUUGAAGGUGUACGCGAUAGUACGAGGUACAGGAUUGUGCAGGGACGUACCAAGCACACGAUAACGCUCUUUGGGUAAUUUGUGUCUUUCUAGUAACGGCUGUGUGUAUCACGAGUUUUCGUGCGCUGUGUAUUGCGAUUAGUACCUGAAGUGCCGCUGGACAUAAGGAAAAAAAAAACAUUUUACUUAGUUAUUCGUUGAUUUCAGUUUCCUUAACCUACGAAGACCUUUUCAACACUUUGAUAGCCGUGUGCCGUUCGACCUUAAUUAGAUUGAGGAUUCACAGAUUGACCCGUUAAUUUUGGUGGUCGUAAUGGAGGAGUAAAAUCUAUAGUCGAUAGUUAACACUCGCACAAGAGAGGUCCGGGCGCGGACCAAAAUGAAGGUCUGCGCAGUUCCUUCGGCAUUCGUAUUGGCCGUUAUAUGUGUCUGGGUACUGCAGAUAGAACGGGCAACCGGUGACAGGGAACUGAUUGCGUCGGCAGAGUACGACGACGAAUCGGAGCAGGACGACAAUCGCCCCUUAGCCUCACAGAACACCGAAAGCAAGAGUCAACAAGCGGGUCAGUACAAGCAGAAUGAUACAUCAAGUUUUGAAGAUCGAUCCGACGCGGAUCCUCUCAUGGCGCGGCCUAAAGAGGAUCCCUUGCAAAAACUGCUUCCAUAUAUAACAUUUGACUGCUUUGGCCGUCUCGAAGGCUAUUAUGCUGACUUGCAAUUUGGUUGCGAGGUUUUCCAUUACUGCAAAAAGGAAGGCAAGCGAUUUUCGUUCAUCUGUCCGCCCAAUUCAACGUUUAAUCAAAGGCUGAUGAUUUGCGACUAUGACAAGACGGCUAAAGAAACUUGUCUUGAAGCCCCCCGUUACUUCCACCUCAAUCAACAGUUAUACGGAAUCAAAAAAAACUAUAAAUUCCCUGAGCUUGUCACAUCCGAGUCUCAGACCGUGGAAAAGGUCAUGAUCCUAGAGACAACUACUCCGCUUAGUGCUGAACGCCGCAGCGACGCAACUAUGGAGACAACUGAAAAACCUACUCUGUCUCCGGUAACGGAGCAGCCUAAAAAAUUGCUAACCCCGACAUCAAAACGCGCAAAGAUUCGAACAAAACUCACCCGGCCAUCAACUGCGGCGCCAUCUUUGGCUUCGUCUUCAGACGACAAGCAAAACCCUCUAAAGAAGCCACAUAGAAAGAGAAAACCGAGACCUUCGACUAGUCCAAGGCCCGCAAGAUUCGAACCGAUUCCAGACGAGCCUAAACCAAGCCCCAGAAAUAAAGUUCGACCCCAACGACCACUGAUGACGCCUGAACUGCAAACAGUCCUCCAAGUUCAACCAGCUCCUCCCGAACAUAUAAGCCAUGCGGCAGCCACGAAACCCGCAGUAAGUGAUCUCGAAGAGGUGACUUCGUUUGCUACUUCUGCCCCAACGAAAACCAAAAACGUUUUUACUAAUAAUGAUGUACCUCAGAAUUCAAACCCAACUUCCCCUCUAUAUUCGCAUGUACUACUCCCAAAUGUUCCAUCAGCUAUUUCCGUGUUUGAAGAUCCUUCAAGAUCCCAGUCAGAAUUUCGUCCCACAACACCUCCAUCUUUACCUCCAAUUACGGAUGCCGCGGGGCCUCCCUCAAUUCCUUCUGUUCCUAACACCUUCUCCGCGCAAUCAACUUCUAACUUCCCACCAAAUACCCAACUAGACAUAAAGCCAGAAAACGUUCGUGUUCCUCAACCUUCAUUUGUUGCUUUACGGCCAUCGCAUAACCACAUCGGUCCUGCCGUUCAGACGGAGUUUCAUAGACAAAAAGUUCCGAAGAAAAAUCGUAAGAAAAACAAACAUCCUCCUAAACCAGUGAAGGGCGAAGUAUCUGAGUAUGAUCGAAUGCUCUCAGCAGAGCAACCAUCAGGCGCCAUUCCUUCUCAGACUGUUCAGGGAUUCGCGAACCUACCACAGGCACCUGUCCCGCAAUCUGACCAAGGUGCGCAGCUGCUCCUUCAACAUCAGACAUUGCCAAACCAACAAGCGGCUUUACGCCACCAACAUACACCAUUGCGGCAGCAACCACACAUCACCCAGUAUCAGGCGCAACACGUGAUGAAUUCCCCUCCUCAACAAUAUGAGGCGCCACCGACUCCUCAUUUUCAGCAGGCUCCACCGGCUUCAGCAGCAUCUCCUAAAAGUGGCGCACGCUUUCCAGCUGAGCAGACCCAGUUUUCGGUUCAGAAACCUACUGCAUAUUCCAGCUUCGAUCCCGGACGUCAGAAUACAGCUCCCGAAUCUGUCGAAGGCCAGUUUUACAGAAACCCGGAAGAAUUACCUCACUAUUCAACGGAUUUCGGAUUUACGUCUACCGCAGCACAGUCCAAAGGAGCUUCUCAGUUCCCUAACUAUGCGCAAGACACGGCGCUACGUAGUCCACGGCCCACAGCUGCUCCCCAAUCGCAAUUUGAAUACGUAUACCCAGAGAUGCAACAAGCCGGUGGAUACUCCACAGCACCAUAUAAAUCCUCAUUUACCCAGCCACAGUUUGGCCAACCCCAAACAUAUAAAACACCAUUCGAACAAACUCAACCGCAAUUUGCGCAAGGAACUCCACCCAUGUUCCAGGAGCACCAGAGUUAUACACCUGUAGCGCCCUACAUCUCUGGUUACGGAGGUCUGUUUGGUACAGCUUCCGGUUCCAUUUCCGACGGAUUCUUCACGAGCCCGACGCCAGCAAGUGGAACAUUCUCUUCUACGCCUCUAUUUUCGGAGCAACACAUACACCAUAUUCACUCGAGAAGAAGGAGAUCUUUGGAAGACGACACUGAAAUGGAAGAUAUCACUAAAUAUGAAAGCGGCAUCCCCCAUUCACGGCAACGAAGGCAGUCGAUGUUUUCAAUGAUACCAAACAUUUUUUCGAGAAAAUCGCAGCGCCCAAGUCACCCCUUCGCGUCUGCUUCCGCCAUGAAUCCUACAUUUUCCGAAGUACCCGGUUUUUAUGGCGGUCGUUUCACGCAGCAGCUUACAUCCGAAAGCCAGUUCCCAAAUUUUAGCAACACUUUUACGCGUUUCUUCGCCGGUCCGUCGCAGCCACCCUUUGGUGGGUCCGGUGGAAAUCAUCUAAGAGUUCCUCCAAUGUCGAUGGGAUCUACUGGCCUUUUCUCUCAUGGCAGGGGGCCACCUACUAUUAACAUUGGUGGACCUUCGACCUUCACGGCGGUAUCACUCAGCCAGGUGCCGAGUACCUCCGAGCUUGCAAUGAACAACAAUGCCUUCUUCAAUCAAGCCACUCUCCAUAAACAAAGUCCGACCAAGAUUAGUUUGAGUAAACCACCUCAGGGUAUCUUAGGAACCGGCAGUGGAGAGGAGAUAUUGCCAGCACCUGGUACAAUGUCACAAACGGACCUUAAACCUAGUACAACAGCAUUGACAGCCCCGAAAUUGCCUACUGGUAUUCCGCCACAGGCGUUACAACAAAGUGCCGAGGUGGUCGAGGAGGACGAUAAAACCGCCAUUUCGUAUAUCCCAAUGUCAGGUGGAAAGAUUACUGUCACCCUUGACUCUAUUGAGGAGGGAGGCACUGCCAAGUCCCCAACACCCUUAUCCUUCCCACCAAAACACUUGCGGCCCACCGAUCCAAAAGAGGUACUAACGCAAAUGAAAAAAUCAUUGCGUCCUAACAUCGAUUCAGCUGUAGGGGACUUGACAUUACCUAAUGACUAUAUUACACAGGUAACGCCCCCCGGCCUAAAGAAAGAGCCGUCGGUCAGUAAUGCUGUCAACGACAAAAAUAUAAUCCCUUACCCAGCGCAUAUGGUAAGGAGCCAAGAGAAAUUCCCGAAGUUUAGCACCCUGCUUCCCAAGACACACAUUAACUCAUUCAGCAUACCACAAUUCUUAGUUCCGCAGACACAGUUUAGCCCUCAAUUGGAUUACCCGUUACGUGAUUCGUCAACUCGGGGAAACUACUACCAAAAUAGUAAAAAUACGAUGAAACCAGUGGAUUCUAUUUCAAACUAUGGAAGUUUGUCUGACUCUCUAAAUCCAACGCAGCGUCCGAUUCCAGCAGUUCGCCAAUUACCCCCGAUGCCGGCGCAUUUAGAUCCAAACAGGAACAACAAGAACGAAGAUAAGUCACAGAAGAGACGUAUAAAGACAAGAAAAAGGCGUCCUAAGCCUUCAACCUCAACCCCGUUACCGCCUUCAAUGAUCGAGGUAGUGACUCACAGUGAUUCGGGACUAAAUGUGCACCUUAAACCUAACACUGGAGAACCUACAACGCUUCCGACAAUUUCCACUACGUCUUCGGAUAAACGAAUUUGGUACGGAACAACACCCCAACCGCCGCGUUACGAGACGCAGUUCCCUAUCAAAUUCAACUACAUCACACGAGCCCCCAUCGGACAUGUGUCGCCAACGACUACACGGGCUCCAACCACGUUGUUCGCGCCUACCACUGGUUCGACUGGGAAACGCGUGUAUCAUAAUCUGGUCGUUACUGGGUCAUUUGAGCACCGCCUUCCUCAGCGUCUAGAUGUAACGAAUGCUCCCCUCUAUAAGAAGAACAUGUUUCCACCCCGUGUAAUGGCCACCAACGUUCCGCACGAUAUGACCGCCUAUGCUAAGUACACAACGACGCCAAUUCCACCAUCUCCCCCGAUUAUGCGAACGGUUGAUUUGAGCACGACUACAAUCGAGCCACCGCUUGCAGCGACAACAACAAAUACACAUUCAAACUCAGUAACCUCCUCGACGAGUACCAGUGGUUCGUCUGCUAAUUUAUUAUCUUCUACCUUUCCCGUAACGACAUUCGUUCCCAUUUCGACGAAUAGUACGACAACGGAAAAGCCCGUCGUCGUUUACCACGUUACAACAACACCAUCAGCAACAACAGUGACAACAGCAACACGGAUAACCACAACAGAAGCACCUGUUACCACUACGACCGCAAAAGUAACAUCAAAGGGAACAACGACAAUCACCAGCAGACCUACCGAGCCGUCCACAACUCCUGAUGAGAUGUUCGAUUUCUUUACAUUCCCUACGACGGGCCUUCAGAGCGAAUUCUCUGUACCGAAGGCCAGUCCGGCCCCGGUUUUCUUACCGCAGAGCGAUAUUUCGCUAAAUCACGAUCGACAAGAUGAGAUCAUCGUUAUUGACAUGGAAAAGGACCACGAAAAUCUGACGGCUUCAGCGUCUACGGCAAGCAUCUCUACUUUUAAGCCCGUUCUUAAGGUGUUCUCCAAUCGUGCAGGGGGGACAUCGUGGUACAAAUUUAAAGCAAUGAUUACCAGCACUACACCGCGACCACCGUUGAAAAUGCUUAACGCAGUGCCAAUUCAUGACGGUUACGAGAAAGGCUUUCCUUUCGAGUUUUUUACUGACUUGAGCCUUCUAUCAAAGACCACUGGCCGCCCUAAGGUUGGCGUUACGGACUUCCCUCAGCCAGUAUACAAGCCACAAUCCAGCACUGAACAUGAUCAAAAUGGAAUUCGAAGAAAGAAAUCGAAGUGAAGAUGCAUCGAUAAAGAUGGUCUAUUUUCUCCAAUCUAUUCACCAUAUCAUUGUUUGCUCUGAAUCAGUUAUUAGAAAAUAUACAGACAACUUUAAGAACAUCAUGUUUAGCUCGAGCAAACUUAAUUACUUAAAUAGGUUUCGAUACGUUUCCUAACAAAAUGUCGUCAAGCAACUUUAACUUUGCCUGCGUACAACAGCAAGCUCGCCAGCCCCUUCUAACGAUGACGAAUGCACAUGCAAGCUUUUAUAUCAUAAUGUUAGAUACUUAAACAGCGACGAAAAAAAAAAAAGAUACAAAGCCAAUGCACAAUCCCCAAAAUAACCUCUUGCUACAUACAAGAGAUUAUUUCGGGGAUUCUCCGAGACGUCCACUGAACUCCCCUCAGAUAUUGUACGAUUUCUCCCCCCUUACGACGACACGAGAGUUGAAUAGAUGAACUAGUUAAGAUCGAGCAUAGCAGAAUAUGGGCCCCAAACCGGUCUUCGUGCUAUCGGGAGUAGCGAUGGAAGAGUAUGUACUGACCUAACACGCAACUGUGUCGUCAAGAUUUUCGGCAGAUAGAUAGUUAUUUGACAUGGUCGAUUUGAACGGUAUACCGAGGCCCGUCGAUUAGCAGCAGUAAUCGUAGUAGUAGUAAAAUCUGUAUACCUCUAAGUCAGCGUUGCUCCGAUAAGCUAACAUAUCUUACCACAUCUCGCCCAUCUGUAAAUAUUUCCUGUUAUAGCAGUUCAUUACCUUUGUUACAAAUGGUGGCUCACUUACUACUAUUAAAAUUUUUUAAAUAUAAAACAAUAAAAGUUUAUUGUGACAAAUAUUAUUUAUUGCAGUAAAGAUAUUUUGACAAAUAAACCUUGUUUGUUACAAGC